UUAAUCACUCACUCUUCCUUUAUAUUUUUAUUACUUUCUUUUGGUUUUCUGAGACUCAACACUCCCAACAUUCAUACAACUUUAUAUCCUUCUUUCUUAUCAUGCCUCUUCAAUCUUCCUUCUCCUCUUUUUCCACCCAUUCUUCUUCUUCUUCUUCCUACGGCUAUGCAUGGGAAUAUGAUGUGUUUAUUAGUUUUAGAGGCGAAGAUACUCGCUAUGGUUUCACUGGCAACCUCUACAAAGCUCUUUUUGAUAAAGGAGUCCACACCUUCAUUGAUGAUGAGGAGCUUCAAAGAGGAGACGAAAUCACACCCUCACUUCUCAAGGCAAUUGAAGAGUCCAGGAUUGCCAUCAUUGUCCUCUCUCCUAACUAUGCUUCUUCUUCUUUUUGCUUAGACGAGCUUGUCCACAUCCUUCACUGCAUCAAGGGAAAUAAUCGCCUGGUUUUACCGGUUUUCUAUGAGGCUGAUCCUUCUGAUGUGCGGCAUCAAAGAAAUAGUUUCGGAGAAGCAAUGGCCAAGCAUGAAGAGAAAUUCAAGAGUGACUUGAACAAGGUGCACAAAUGGAAGCAGGCUCUGCAUCAAGUUGCUAAUUUGUCAGGAUAUCAUUUCAAACACGGAGAUGGAUAUGAACAUAAGUUUAUCAGAAAUAUUGUGGAAGAAAUUUCAAGAAAGAUUAGACGUUUACCGUUGUUUGUUGCUCGUUUUCCUGUUGGACUAGAUUCACUAGAUUCUCGAGUGUCAAAAGUAAUUUCACUUUUGAGAAUGAAUUCUAGUGAUCAAGUUCACAUGGUAGGGAUUCAUGGAGUUGGUGGAAUAGGAAAAACAGCACUUGCUUGUGCUGUUCAUAAUUUGAUUGUUGACCAUUUUGACGGUACGUGCUUUCUUGCAAAUGUGAGAGAAAACUCAAAGAGACAUGGCUUGGCUUAUCUUCAAAAUAUCCUUCUCUCUGAGAUAUUAGGAAAGGAGGAAAUUAAGAUAGUCAGUGUUCAACAAGGAACUACUCAAAUUCAACGAAGACUAUGUCAAAAAAAAGUUCUUUUGAUUUUAGAUGACGUUGAUGAUCACAAGCAACUACAAGCUAUGGCUGGAAAACCUAACUGGUUUGGUCUUGGAAGCAGAGUUAUCAUUACAACACGGGACACACAUUUGCUAAAAUAUCAUGGUGUUGAAAACACACAUGAGGUAGAGGGAUUAAAUGAGGCAGAGUCUUCUCAAUUGCUUGUUAAACAUGCAUUUAAAAAUGGUUAUGUUAGCAGCCCAAGUUAUGCAGAUGUUUUGACCCGUACAAUAACUUAUGCUUCUGGUCUUCCAUUGGCUUUGGAAGUAAUAGGUAGUCACUUGUGUGGAAAAAAAGUAGAAGAAUGGGAAUCUGCAUUGAAUAAAUUUGAAAGACAUCUUGAUGAUAAAAUACAUGAGAUAUUUCAAGUAAGUUUUGAUGCUUUGGGAAAAGAAGAGCAGAGUGUUUUUCUUGAUAUUGCCUGUUGUUUUAAAGGAUAUAAAACAAAGGAACUUACAGAUAUACUUCAAGCUCAUUAUGGAAGUUGCAUGAAAUAUCAUAUUGGAGUGUUGGUUGAAAAAUCUCUCAUGAAGAUCAAUCAAUAUGAUAACAAUGUGACAAUGCAUGAUUUGAUAGAGAGCAUGGGCAAAGAAAUUGCACUAAAAGAAUCACCAGAAAUGCCUGGAAAGCGUAGUAGGUUGUGGUUCUACGAAGAUAUAGUUAAAGUUUUACAAGAUAAUCUAGGUACUAGCACCAUUGAAAUCAUAUAUUUGGAAUUUCCCGUAUUGGAAAGGGAAGGAGAUGAAGAUUCAUUUGAAAAAGAGGAAAAUAAAGAUGUUGAAGUAAAAUGGGACGGAACAGCUUUUAAAGAGAUGAAAAAUCUCAAAACGCUUAUCAUAAAAAAUGGUUGUUUUUCUAAAUGUCCCAAAAAUCUUCCAAACAGUUUAAGGGUAUUGGAAUGGUGGAGAUAUCCUUCAGAAUGGCUACCAAAUGAUUUUCAACCAAAGAAACUCUCCAUACUCAAGUUAUUGAAUAAUCUCUAUUUAGCACACAAGUUGGAUAGCUUAUCCAAGAAGUUGGUGAGUUUAAAAGUUUUGAAUUUUUUCUUGUUUUUUCUCCAGAUGUUGAUCUCCUUGAAAGUUUUGAAGUUUGAUUACAGUGAUUCUUUGAAAAAGAUACCAGAUGUCUCCAAUCUUCAACUUUUAGAAGAAUUUUCUUGUGUAAGAUGUAGUAAUUUAGUCUCAGUUGACAGUUCAGUUGGUUUUUUACCUAAACUUAAAAUAUUGAAUGCUGCAUUCUGCUUCAAGCUCAGAAGUUUUCCACCUGUUAUUAAUUUGGCCUCACUGGAAGAACUCGUUCUAUUUGGAUGCUCAAGCCUUGAGAAAUUUCCAGAAAUUCUGGAAGAGAUGGAAAAUCUAAAAGCGCUUUAUUUGUGGGGCACUGGCAUAAAAGAUUUGCCAUGUUCAUUUUGUAACCUUUCUAGAUUGCGGCGUUUGACUUUGAAUGCGAAUGAAAUGUAUAGAAUACCAAGUGUCAUUGGCAUGAUGCCACGCCUGUUUUUGUGUGAUAUUGAGUUAGGAGGAAAUAAGGGGAGGGUAUCAGGAGAGCAGGAAGAGGGGCUUCAUGGAAUACUCACUCACUCCCUCCCCUCUGCAGAUAUGAGACGUCUUUCAAUCACAAACAGCAAUUUGUCAGAUGACUUUUUUCCACUAGCUGUUGCAUGGUUUCCCAAUGUGAUAUCUUUAGUUCUAGGAGGCAAUAAUUUCACAGUCCUUCCUGAAUGCAUCCAACAAUUUCGCUUUCUGAAGGAGCUCCUUGUGAAUGAUUGCAAGCAUCUUCGGGAGAUUAGAGGGAUUCCACCAAACUUGGAAUUCUUCUCAGCAGUAAACUGCAAAUCAUUGAGUGAGAGGGGCACAAGCGUGUUACUCAAUCAGCAAGUGCACCAGGGUAGAAGCACCCACUUUGUGAUGCCAGGUGGAAGCAUUCCAAGGGGGUUUGAGUGGCGCAGCAGUGGAGCUUCUAUUUCUUUCUGGUUUCGUGGCACCAAAUUCCCUUACAAUGCUCUUUGCUUUGCAAUUCUACUCAAAGAUGACUUCCCUUCCCCACUUGAAUUAAGACCCAUUGUGACCAUCAAUGGCAACCUAGGUUCAUAUCGAUUCGAGAGAGCAAUGGAUCAAUUAUUUAUUUUUAAUCUGAACAGUGAUCCUUAUUAUGAAGCACUACAUCUUGAAAGAGGAUGGAAUCAUGCGAAGCUUUCAUAUGAAGCAUAUAAGAAUUAUGAGGAUCAUAAGGAAAAGGUCCCAAGUGAGUCAAUUGGAAAAGAGAUUGGAAUGCACGUAUGGAAGGAAGAGAGUAGUAGUAUAAUGGAAGAUAUUCGAUUCACUGAUCCAUACAAAAUGACACAACUAAUUAUAAUGAUGAUCAUGCUCUCAAUAGCAUUCCCCAACCAUAAGAACCACCCCUUGCUCCUGGAUACAUGCAUUGGUUUGUGGAUGUUGCUGUUUCUAACACACACACUUUCUGGAUAUUAACUGUCAGUUAGGAAGGAGGGUAGGGAGGAUUCAAUAUCAGGCUAUCAGCAUCCGCACACAGCUAUAUGGCUGUCCUCACCUGUCAGAAUUCCUGCUUCAGCAAUGGAAGUUAAUAUUGAAGACUUGAAGUAAAAUGGCAUAAAAGUGGAUAAGGGACAUGACUAGCAACCAAGGUAAACUCCAUCCCCUUACUAAUUUUAGUUGCUAUGAUAAUAACCAUAAGAGAUCAUUUUGGUGGCAUUGCAGAAAUUGAGCUCAUGUGCUACUGUUAGGGUGAUGCUGUAUAAGUGUAUAUACAUAUUAUGUAAUAAUUUUGAUUAUUAUAUUGUAAGCAGGUCCCCUUAUAUUUUUUAUUUUGCCUUUGCUCCUUGGAGUCAAGAUGUGAAAGUUGUGCAGUAUAAAGUUGAGAUUGCCUUUCAAUUUAGCACUUAUUGCAAAUGGUGCAACUUCUUCAGUGAUAUAAUGUUGAGAGAGAGAUUCUUUGUUCAACUGAAAUGGAAGAAGUGUAACGCAGUUAUUGUAGAAAAAAAAAUCUCCAUCACAACAUAUUUUAACUCUGAGAAUAAACAAGACGCAUCAAUGAGGAUUCAGUGUACAAUAGAACAAGAAAAAUAAGGAUUGUUGUCUGAUGUGAUGUAGUCUUGGCCUCCUGAGUCCCCAAGAAAGAAUAAUAAUAGAUGAAUCCAAUGACAGAACAAUAUAACAGUUAUGCAAAUUUCAAGGUAGAGGCAUGCACCAUUCCUUGAAUUUUGAUGAAAGAACAAAACAUGUGGCUGAUUUUACAGUUAUUUUUUCCCAUUUUUAUGCACAGUAAA